UAUACAUAUAUACUUAUAGUUAAUAGUUGUGAAAUUUCAGUAAGAUUAAAUACAAACCGUGAAUAAAUUAGCGUAGCUAUAGAUAUUAUAAGAUAAAGUUAUUAAAAUAAGGAGUAAAUAUGAUAAUUUUAAUAUUUAAUAAUUCAAAAAAAUCAUUGUUUGCACAGAGGCAAUUUGAAGAGAGUAUUUUUGGCGGGGUGACGUGUUUCACCAGCUCAGCGGCUAUUGACAGCAGCCAUAUUAAAAUACAGAGUUGUGUUGGGAAAAGGGCUUUAUGAUUAUCAACUCCUCAAGCGUUUAUAAUUACGUAUACAGUUAGCCAGCGAUGACGUUAAUAAAAAAUAGUCCAAGUUGCGACUAAAAUAAAGAAGAUAAAAAAAUCGAGUUAACAAAAAAAAAAAAAUUAUGUUAUGGUUGGUGAUAAGGGAGUACAAGUGCGUAUAAAAUAAAUAGUUUAAUAGUAAGUUGGUGUAUUGAGUAAGUUGUUGAUUUGAUGGCGGUUAUGUGGAAUUAUACAUCAAGCUCAAGUUUACUAGUAAUACUGAAUGUAAAAGAGAGAGCGCGAUUGAGUGAGUUUGAGGUAGGGGGCAAUGCACCAUGGGAAUUAUUUUCGACACGCGCCUGCGUAUUUUAGUUUACAGUUGGAGCUUGGAAGAAAAUGGCGUCAGCUAAGUUUCUGGAGGAAGCUCUGAGCACGGACGUCGAUGAAUCCGCGGUAAACGCGAUCGUGGGCUCGCUCGAGACGCAGUUGGUAACGUCGUCGCCGGCAGUCGCGGGUCAGUCAGCAAUAACCGCGGCCGCAACUCAACAAAAUCAUCAUCAUCAGUUAAACACGGGUAUUUCUAACGGGGGCACCAUCCCCAGCGCGAUACAGAAGCAUGGGGUUGCCAACGGCGGCGGUACCACCACCAUCAACAAUAGUCUGAUGACUCAGGAAGUUACCAAAUCUAUUACUACUACCACUCUCCUGCCAGUGAAUGUUGUCACAUCAAAUGCCGUUGGAGGAUCCCAGGUUGUGACCACUCAGCAGCAGCAGCAACAUCAACAACAACAGCAUCAACAUCAGCAGCAGCAACAGCAUCAUCAACAACAACAACAACAACAACAACAACAACAACAACAGCAGCAGCAGCAGCAGCAUCAACAGCAGCAGCAACAACACGUUCAGGCAGGAAGUGGUAGUGGUGGUGGUAUUCCAGCAACAGCAACGUAUAUAAAUCAACUGGCGGGAAAUCAAGUGACGGGUAAUCAACCAAGUAACAUUUCAAAUAUUACAAAAGCACAUGAAUCAGUAAAACUAAUUUAUAAUCCAACUGUUGCCGGUCAAGUUCUAACCUCUGGUGUUGUUAAUGUUAAUAAUAAACUGUCUUUCCCCGCGCAAACUGUCGGGCAAUUAGCCAACGGUACUAUUGGAGUAACAUCUCAGGGAACAGUGCUCCAGACAACCUCAAAUGUUGUGGUGAGUAAUGUCGGUUCGGUAGUGACUCAAAGUGGUGGACAUCAGACAGUUGUGGCUGGUGGUGUUAAUAAACCACCUCCGGGUACUGCACUUGUUAUUAAGACUAGCGGUGCACCAGGGGGUAUGGUUUCUGUACCAAUGUCAGUGCCAGUUUCCGUUGCUGGUAAUGUCGCUACAACGACAUUGCAAGCCAAAGCUGGAGGAGUUUCAUCACCCAUCGUGCCUGGCAAUAUGCAGCUCGUCAAUGUCAAUACAAUAAGACCGGGGACUCCGGUGGCUGGUCAACAACCGGGUAAACAAGUUGCCGCCUCGAGAGUUGCUGUCAUUGGCCAGCACAUUGUUAACACAAGACCUGGAGGUCCAGGGCAAAUUACACUUCAAACUCUGCAUGGUCUCCAACCUGGAGCACAAGGACACCUGAUUGUUAAAACCGAGAAUGGGCAGUAUCAAUUGCUGAGGGUAGGACCCGUUCCAACGGCAGCUACUCCUGGUGGUACGGCUGUUACUCCAAAUAACAUUACUGGAAACGCUGUAGUUGCUUCUGGAGCAACUCCUGGAGCAACAGCUUAUCGUCUAGCCUCUGUACCGGCUGUAAGUAGGCUGAACGCACAGUUCACUGGCCCACCACUCGCCACCAUUCGAAAACCCGUUCAGACGGUAGCGGCAAGUGUAACAGCGACGACAACAACACCUGGAACAGUUGUCAGUUCUAUUACGACGGCAACACCAGCAACGACAGCAACACCAGCAACGACAGCAACAGUAGCAACACCAGGUCCAGCGGCUCAAACACCUCAGCAGCGUCAAACCGCAGAUAAUACCAAAGAAAAGUGUCGUAAAUUUUUAGCAAACUUGUUAGAAUUAUCUAGUCGGGAACCUAAAUCAGUGGAACGUAAUGUACGGACGUUAAUACAAGAAUUAAUUGAUACUAAAGUUGAACCUGAAGAGUUUUGUGAUAGACUCGAGAGAUUAUUAAACGCAUCACCUCAGCCAUGUUUAAUUGGUUUUUUAAAAAAAAGUUUGCCGCUAUUGCGACAAUCGCUUGUUACCAAGGAAUUGGUUAUCGAUGGUAUAAGACCACCGCCUGCAAAUGUUGUCUUUUCCAUAGCCUCAUCUCCAAUCGUUUCACAAAAUCAAGUAAGGCCAACAGUCGCGAUGGCAGGUUCAGUCCCUGUCGUGUUGUCAAGUUCACCAGCUCCACUGAGAGUUAUGGCACCUCCGUCUGUAGCAACGGCAACAGUUGGCCCACGUGCGCCUCAAGCUCUCCUACCUAGACUGAUACGACCUGUAACGACAUUAGUUCGCACCCCAGUACCACACACUGUGAAAUCAACCGUAGCGCUUGCAAAUGUGAGGCUGGCUUCCCCAACUAUACAAAAAUCCCCAAUAACUACAAGCACAGUUAUAAAAACUUUACCCACAGUUACGCAGGGUAAGACAGUUAAUGCCGCCACUACUGUUAAUAAAACCACAGUGCCUUCUCUUGUUACUAAACCACCAAAUAAAGAAAAAGAAAAAAAGACUUUUUCAUCGGCAGGCUACACGGGUGACGAUGACAUCAACGAUGUCGCGGCAAUGGGAGGUGUCAAUCUCGCUGAAGAGUCUCAGAGAAUUCUCGGUUCGACAGAAUUCGUUGGUACGCAAAUACGAUCGUGUAAAGACGAAGUUUUCUUACAUGUGUCGCCACUUCAACAGAGGAUUAAGCAAAUUGUAUCGAGUUACGGUCUUGAAGAACCCAAUCAAGAAGUUGCUGCAUUAAUAUCACAUGCGACUCAAGAAAGGUUAAAGAAUUUAGUGGAAAAGUUGGCAGUAAUUGCUGAACAUCGGAUAGAUUUUAUUAAAGUUGACCCUCGGUACGAAGUGACGCAAGAUGUAAGAACUCAGCUUAAAUUUCUCGAAGACCUAGACAGAGUAGAGCGCAGAAGACACGAAGAACAAGAACGUGAGUUGCUUUUAAAAGCUGCUAAAAGUCGCGCGAAAAAUGAGGAUCCUGAGCAAGCGAAAUUAAAAGCUAAAGCCAAGGAGAUGCAAAGAGCCGAGAUGGAGGAAUUACGUCAACGUGAAGCAAAUUUGACGGCGUUGCAAGCAAUAGGUCCACGAAAAAAACCAAAAUUAGAUACUGGAAGUGCGACAAGUAAUCCAGGAGGUAGUGCAAAUGUAAAUGCCUCGGCGUCUGGUAUUAAUCGACAAAUGCCAAUGAGGCCGCGAGUGAAAAGAGUUAAUUUCCGAGAUUUGUUAUUUUUACUUGAACAGGAAAAGGAAUCAUGUAGAACCACAACGCUCUAUAAAUCAUAUUUGAAGUGAUGGUCUGUAAGGGGUAGGAACGCGAGUGAUUGCCUCGAGCUGGCUCGACGGUCCUCCUCUGCUAUUUAUGCUGUUACUAUUGCUGCUAUUAUUAUUUUUUUAAAAAUAAUAACAACAAUAUUAUUACAUUUCAUAAGUAAAUUGUAUACACGAAACGUGUAUUCAAAAAAAAUGUUCACUCGAUAUUGGCCUGGUAUUUUUUAUAAAUUCAAAAUUGCUUCAUUGAUGAUUAAUUAUUAAUCAUUAAUUAUAAUUAACCAUAAUAAUAAUAAUAAUAAUAAUAACUAUGAUAACAUAAAUAAUAAUAAGAAGAAUUAUAAAUAAUAUUAAUUACUAAUAAUAAUAAUAAUAGUAAUAAUAAUAACAAUAAUAAUAUUAAUAAUAAUAAUUAUAAUGAUAAUGAUAUCACGUCGAUGAUACAACAUACACACUUCCCAUUAAUGACUGAAUACGUUUUUUAAUGUAUAAUAAUAUUAAAUAUAUAAGUUUAUAAAUAGAUUGUUCUUUAUUUUUUAAUGAGAAAUUGAAAUAAUAAAAGAAAGAAAGAAAUAUAAUUAUAAAAAAAAAAUACCAUAAAUUGGCUGGUUUAUAGUGAACAUAUAUAUACGUUUAGUGAAAUGCGAUAAUGUAAAUUGUGAAUAUAGAAUGUGGUUUACAAUUGUGAGGAUCAUGCGUUUAAUAACGAACAUUUUUCUUUUUAAAAUUGCGGGCAUUUUCAGACGUUGCCGCCAUUUUUUAAAAAUUUUCAAUGACCUGUUAUAAGCGUGUCUAAAUUUUAUCAAUUAAUUAAAAAAGAAAUUAAAGUAUUAAUUGAAAUAAAGACAAUUUCGGAAAUGUAGAUUUUUAAAAAAUUUCUUACAAUUGACAUCAAUUAGGAGUUACACGAAAUUUGAAAAAUGAAUUGCAGCAAAAUCUUAGUCUUUUAUAAUUUGAAUUUUAAAAUUUUGUAGGAUAAGAUUUUGUCAACAAAUUUCGUUUAACUCCUAAUUGAUAACAACUGUAAGUAAUUUUUUUUAAAUUCUACAUCUCGGCAAAAUUGCAAGUUGUCUUUUUUUUCAAUUAACGUUCCAAUUUUUUUUUCAAUUAAUUAAUAACAUUUUCGCGCCAGUUUUUCAAACCGGGUUUAUUUUUUAUCUGGAUUUAUAGUGGAGGGACUGUCAGAGAAUGCCUUUAAAUCUAAAUAUUUUAAACAAUCAAUUUUUAAUAAUUUGGUAACUUGACUAUGACUUGAUAAGUUUCAAAAUAUUAUUAAUUGAUGUUUAAAUAAAAUUUUAAAAAGAUUUAUCGUUGAACCUCCCGGGAGUGGUACAAUGGUUGAGAAGAAGUGUGUAUACAUUGCCACGUUAUGUAUAUGCCUGCUCUUUUAUUCUAAUACUUUAUCUAUACAUUUGGACAUGCAGUGCAACUUGUAACAUAUAAGCGUAUGGUUCAUAUUUUUUUCUUUGACAAUUUUUGUUUCUUUUUUUUUUAUAUAUAAUAAUUAUUAUUAAUAUUAUUAUUAUUAUUAUUAUUAUUAUUAUUAUUAUCAUAAAUAUGGUAAUAGAAUUAUAGUAAAUUGUAUUUUUGCAGAUAAUUAUAUAAAUAAUAAAUAUUACGUGAGGCACUGUCCAAAAUGUAUAGUUUUACUUGUACAAUAUAUUAUAAG